UCACUAAAUUUCAUUACACAACCAAUAUGGCGUACCGUUUUAAUUUCUAGAUGAAGGUGUUCGUGGUUACCAUUUGAUUUGUUUUUGUAGCAGUUUCUUUAAUGGAAUACUUGUUACUAAAAUAUAAUGUAAGUCAAUGAAAAUAUAUACAUUUGCCGUAUUCUGAAGAUGCCCGUAAACUCUAGACCGGAAAAGAAUCAGAGAGUCAAUAGAACUAAAUAUUCACUGUCUCUUAGUAAGAAUAAUGCUGCAAAUCUGAACCGCGUAGUUCAGAAAACAAUUUCCCCUGUAACUAACGAUCAAAAAGAGAAUAGGCCUGUUAAAAGACCUUUACGGAGUACCUAUCAAAAUACAUUGAAUGCUGCUAAAAAGUUGAAACCAUUAAGAGAAACAACAUUACAAGCAGGUUCAUUUGUGAAAGCCACCCUCGAAGUGCUAGAACCAAAGACAGGUGGUACUGCCAUGUUGAAUGGCCACCAUGCAUCAGAUAAUCAGUAUGGGGGUCCACAGUCAAAAACCCCUAUUGCUACACUCUCAAAUAUGGGGAAUACUUGUUUUCUCAAUAGUGUCUUAUAUACAUUGAGAUAUGCCCCACAGUUUGUUCACAACCUGCAUCAUUUAGUCUCAGAUUUGGGAAGGGUAGAACAAAAGCUUGGUAGCAUCAGGUUAAAAAGUUCCUCCCUGGGUAGAAGUGCAGCAGGAAUCGCUUCCUCGGGAACAAGGUCUUGGAGUAGUAAAGAUUUACUUUCUUUGGGGCAGUCAGAUAAUAAUUCAGCAAAAAGCAAAAUUCAGGUGGUGACAGAGAAACUUCAUGAGACUUAUGUAAACCUUCGAGCGGGUGAAAGCAAAUGUAUCAACAGUGGCUCCAAUGAUUCUAGUCCAGAGGCCUUUGCGCCUGAUGCUUUCUUAUCUGCUUUGAGAGAUGUUAACUCCACAUUUGAAGGUAACAGACAACAAGAUGCGCACGAGUUAUUAGUGUGUAUACUGGACAAUAUUCGUGAGACAUGUCGCGCUUUGAGUGCGCGAGCGUCGCGGCUUCAGUUACAGGAGAAUGGGGACAGCAAUGGCCUCGGUCGCGCCCAAAACAUUGAAGAUGGUGGCAAGUCAUUAGGUAAUCUACGCAAGUCGUGGAAGAAACGCAAGGAUGUGAAGUUAAAUGAUAAACGGACUUCACCUACGGAGGAACGGGCGCCUUCGCCCUCUGAUCCUGAGAGAGAUGAGAGGUCACAACCGGGGUGGGAUUUUGUCGCGGAAAGCUUUGAAGGUACCAUGGUAGUACGGACAAUGUGCCUGGAAUGUGAGACUGUGACGGAGAAGGCUCAGGCGGUGUGCGAGCUUUGUGUUCCAGUUGGUGAAGACGAUUCUGCCGAUGAGCCCUUUCGUGCCGCUUGUCUUUCCAGCGAAUAUUUGCGCGAUCAGAAUAAGUACUGGUGCGAGCGUUGUCUUCGCUACAAUGAAGCCAGACGAAGUGUGGCCUACUCACGUCUACCCAGACUCUUAGUUCUCCAGCUGAAGCGAUUUAGCGGUGGCAUGGAAAAGAUCACCCGGUAUGCCCCCACCCCGCUGUUGAUGCCGUGUUUUUGCGAACCCUGCUCUAAACGGCCCCCAGAAAAUUCUCCUACACAUAGGUAUGUCCUAUGGGGGGUGAUAAUGCACUUUGGGCAAACAUUAACUGGUGGUCACUAUGUCGCAUACACACGAGAUAACUCCCAAGGAGACCUCAAAUGUGACAGAGAGACUGAUAACACUACAACUAACACUGGAAGCAGCUUCAUGAGAACACUCUUCAGCAGACCCAGAAACCAACUAACUGGUUGUACGGCCAAAGAAUGCUGUGUCCCAAGACAAAGGCCGGAGAUUGGGUGGCUUUCGUGUGAUGAUGAUGUGGUGAAACCAAUCUCGAAUGAGGAGUUUGAAGACCUGCUUUCGCCGGAACCCAAAACAGGGUCAGGAUCUACACCAUACCUUCUGUUCUAUGUGAAAAGUGAAGUGGGCUAGUACCAGUGUGUGUUUAUGGAAAAGAUAGAAAACACCCUUUAUUAUGUAGCAUGUUAAGACUGUCAAUAUAUAAGUGAUUAAUCACAACAGAUUGUGAUUUCUUAAAUAAUUUUUAGUAUUUUCAUGUUGCAUUAUGGAAAGGCAAAUAUAGUUAUCAACUAUUUAAUGGCCUGUCUACAUAAAGAAUGCUUAUGUAAUAUACUUAAUUUAAAAAAAAACAUACUUUUUUAAAAAUAAAUACAGAUCUAUUAAUGUGUAAGGGGUGUUCUUACAAUAUCUAAUCGUGGUUAAUUAUAGUAAAUAUAAUUGCUUAAAAGACAUAUGCUGGUUGUAUCAACGUGAUAUUACUAACUUGAUUGGAUAAAAAAGCAAAGGUGAUUUCACUGUAUUCUACUGACAAUACUUGCAAUUGUUACCUAUUUAAAAUGUAUCUUAUUGUAUAUUCAGACAAAUGGCGAUAUAUUAUGAAUAUAGUUACACUGUUCUUUGAAAUGGCCUAAACUUGUAUUAAUUGGUAUGUAAUUAUGUACAGAAUAUUAUGUAUAUAUCAGAAAUAUUCAGCAAAGACAUGUAUAUAAAAAAACUUACAGUUCAAAAAUAUAACAAUAUGAAUUUGCAGUAUUACCACAGAUAUAUAAAGUGCACUUUAUAGAAACAUAUUUAAUGGGAAUAAUAUAAAUUCCUUACAAUCUUAGUGUGAGACCAGAUACAGAUAUUUUUUUUCUAAAUAAAGUUAUAUUUUGGUGUAUGUUAUCCCCUUCUAUUUAAAUUAAAAAUGCAGCAAAGAAUAAGAUUGUCAGUACAUUCACAUUGUGGCAAAUUACCAACUAAUACUUCAAUCAUAUAUAUAUAUAUACAAACAUAAGACUUAAAAAUAUAAAUUUAUAUGUAUAAAAGAUGGUUAAAUGCUUAGAGUGGAUGUUUUAAGUCAAUGUGACAUUAGAUGUUUAGUAUGUGUAGGUUUGAUUUAGCUGGGAAUACUAGAAUAGGCUGUAAAUUAUAACCACACUUUUCAGUAAUAUUUUUUACCCAAUAACUGAUUUGAAUAAAUAUUGUGACAAAGUUGUUAAUAGUUUUAUCUUAUUUUUUUUAUUCUUGAGAAAUUUUACAGGCCAUAGAUUAAAACUUGUAUUCCUAGCUACAAUUUUUGCUUGCUUUCUGACAGGUAUAGUGAUAUUUUUAUUCAUAAUAAAACAAAUUUGUCUUCUUCACAAAACUAUUUUUCUACUUGGUAUGUAACAAUCUCUGGUACCCUAAUAGCCAUUUCUAAUAUGUUAAUAGACUUAAAUAUUGACCAAUUCAAUUAUAAAUGUGUUAAAGUAUAGAUUUAUUUUCAAAUGCUAGAAGAGACAUUUUAUUGGCCUCAGCAGUUAAACCCAGUGUGUUAGCUUUAAUCUUAACAGCUAUUUUUAUAAUGUAAAUACACUUUAUUUUUUCAAUAGAAAUAAAUAAUAGGGCUUCUCUUUGCUGAAUUUAAUACGGUAGAAGAAUUUAUUAUUAAGAUCUAAUAGGUUAUUAGUCAAAUUAAAAUUAUAAUUUUCUGGUACCUGGUAUUUGAAUCCUAAAACAACAGUGUAUUUUUAUUUUGUACUUUUUCUAUUGCUCUUACUUAUUUCCAUAUUGAUUAAUGCCUUUAAUAUGUUUUGUAUAUGCACUACAAGUUUUAGACAUUAAAUUUCUAACGCUUUGCUCCAGUAUAUUAAGUGUGCUAUAUAUGUUUUUAAAUGCCAUUCCAACACCUUUAAAAGGUUAAAUUCUUGUCAGUAGUUUAUAAUGACCUUAAUUUACUAAUAGUUAUGUGAAAAUAUUCUUUGAUUGUAAAUUUAAUAAAAUUAUUUUAAAUGCCC